AUGGGGCUUUCCCCGACUAUCGAUCAAGGAGAAGCUGUGACAGAGGAGAAAAAUCCGAUCGGCGAGUCGCACUCGGCUUCGACAGAUGAUAAACCCAACGAUGAGGCUGCUAUUGCCAAGGAGGAUUCUGUGGCAAAAGCUCCGGCCGAGCAAGCUACUUCACUCAAAGACUAUUUCAGAGUCCUAUCUUAUACGACCCCCAAAGAUCGCGUGGUCCUCGCGAUCGCCCUGAUAUGCUCUAUUGGGUCCGGUGUGCCCUUACCAAUCAUGAACAUUGUGUUUGGUGGACUGGUCGGCGAAUUUAGUUCAUAUUUUACACCAGGAUCAUCGACCACGGAAGCGGACUUCAAAGCGUCGGUCAGUAGGCUCAGCUUGUAUAUUGUCUACCUUUUCAUUGCAAAGUUCACCUUGACAUAUUUCUCCAUGUACUGCUUUCGCGUCAUCAGUCUCCGGGUUUCGGCUGCUUUGCGUUUAGAGUACAUGAACUCGCUUUUCGCUCAGCCGAUCAGCAAACUAGACCAGGUUUCGGUUGGAACAGUCGUUAACGCAAUCACCACUCUCUCCAAUUCGAUCCAGCAGAGCAUCUCAGACAAGCUAGCGAUACUCUUCCAAUCUACCGCCCUCCUUAUCGCUGCCUACAUCAUCGCCUUCAAAUACUCAUGGGCCCUGACUCUUGCCACCAGCUCCUGCCUUCUCUUCAUUCUCGUCGUCUGCUGCUUGACGCUACCCGCUAUCUCUCAGAUCCAACAAAAGGUGGACAAGGCGGAUGAAAAGCAUUCAGCGAUUGCGGCAGAAGUAUUUGGCUCAAUCCGAACUGUCAUUUCUCUGGGUGCCGAGGCACCUUUGGCAAAGAAAUAUCGCCAGUGGGUAAUAGAAUCCCGGAAUCGAGGCCGGAGCAUGGCUAUCAUGCUUGGAGUCCAGUUCGGUCUCAUGUUCUUCGCUAUUUACGCUAGCUAUUCACUGGCUUUCUGGCUUGGGCUGAAGCUCUAUCGCGAGGGUCACAUUGCAAACGUGAAUACAGUUAUCAUUGUUUUCUUCUCGAUCAUGAUAGCAGUUAGUGUUCUUGGCGGCAUUGCAACGCCGUUAACGAUGGUCUUCAAAGCCGCCAGCGCGUCAACCUCAUUUUUUGACAUCAUUGACUCUGAGAGGAUUGUCGCGGGCGGUGUUCAAGAUUCUGAGGCUUUGGCUCACGGUGAUAUAGAUUUCCAAAAUGUGGAAUUUACGUACCCGACGCGACCAGAGAGCAAGAUUCUCCAGGAAAUGAACGCUCGAUUCGAACGAGGAAAGACUACUGCGUUGGUGGGCCCAUCGGGAUCCGGGAAAAGCACCAUCGUUGCUCUUCUAGAGCGAUGGUAUACCCCAGAAGGUGGGAAGAUCUCUCUCGGCGAGCGGAACAUUGAGGAGCUGGAUCUCAAGUGGUGGAGAUCUCAAAUCGGACUUGUACAGCAAGAGCCAUUCCUCUUCAAUGAUACUAUUUUCAAGAACGUCUCAUUUGGACUUGUCGGUACAAAGUGGGAGAACGAGCCUGAUUCUGUGAAGGCUGAAUUGGUGGAGAAUGCAUGCAAAGAAGCAUUUGCAGACGAGUUUAUUGAGCGUCUUCCAAAGGGAUACGACACCAUUGUGGGAGAGAACGGCGCCAAAUUGAGUGGUGGUCAACGACAGCGCCUAGCUAUUGCCCGCAGUAUUAUCAAGCAGCCGACCAUCUUGAUUCUGGACGAAGCUACCAGCGCCAUUGACGUGCGUGGAGAAAAGAUAGUCCAGGCAGCUCUGGAUCGCGUCUCUAAAAAUCGUACCACAAUCGUCAUUGCACACAGACUGUCCACCGUUCGACGUGCCGAUUGCAUUCUCGUUCUCAGGAGCGGUGUCAUUGUUGAGCAAGGAACGCAUGAAGAGCUUCUUGCCAUGGAAGACGGGCUUUACCGAGGCCUCGUUAACGCUCAAAAACUCGAAAUUGCCGCCGAAGAAGAAGCUGAGGUAACAGAGGUCACAGAAGCCCUGGUAGAGGAACUUGAUCGUUCUACUACAAUCAAGUCUGAGCAGGUACAGGAAGACCGGAAGGAGAAAGUAAAAACGCGUGGCUUUUUCCGAAGCACUGGGGUUUUUAUCUACGAGGCCAAGACACAUUGGUUCCUUUGUCUGACUGCUGUCCUUGGGGCACUGGGAGCUGCAUCCGCUUUCCCUUUGCAGAGUUGGCUUUUCGCAAAUCUCAUCGAUGUAUUCCGUCUCACUGGACAGGAACUGGUCGAUGGUGCCAAUUUCUGGGCCCUGAUCUUCUUCAUUCUUGCUCUGGGAAUUGCUCUCUGCUACGCCACGGUCGGAUUCUCGGCCAACCGACUUUCUGUUGAAAUAUCAUCUUCCUGCCGAACAGAGUACUUCCAAAACAUCCUGAAAAAGCCCGUCCCGUUCUACGACAUGAACGAAAAUGCCUCCGGCUCACUAGUUUCACGUCUAUCCACCGACCCCAAACAAAUCCAGGAGAUGAUCGGGCUGAACGGCAUUUUCCCAGUGAUCUCGGUAUUCAGUAUGGUAGGCUGCAUCUCGAUCGCUUUUGCGUUUGGUUGGAAGCUCAGUCUCGUCACUGUCUUCGCUGCCCUCCCUUGCGUGUUCCUAGCCGCCUUCAUGCGCAUCCGGUACGAGCUAGAAUUCGAAGCUCUUAACGCGGAGGUAUACUCGGGUUCCUCACAGUUUGCAGCCGAAGCUAUCCAUGCAUUCCGGACCGUCUCAGCGUUGACCAUGGAAGAUUCGAUCCUAAAUCGAUACUCGACUCUCUUAAAACAGCAGCAGAGCAAAGCCUUCCGCAAAGCAUGGUUGGCAACUCUGGUCUUUGCUUUCUCUGAUAGCGUUGAGCUCUGCGCCAUGGCACUCACCUUUUGGUACGGUGGCCAGCUUCUUGCGUCCAGGGAGUACCAGCCCGCUUCGUUCUUUGUUGUGUACAUGUCGAUCAUUCUCGGUGGGCAACAAGCGGGUCAAUUCUUUAGUUUCGGGCCAAACAUUGCUCAGGCUACAUCUUCGGCGAACCGGAUUCUGAACUUCCGGCCAGCCUUGGACGAGAUUAAUGCCGGUCCCAAGCAACACAUGCCCGAUCAAUCACGCAGAUCCGGAGCUCGUGUCGAGUUCCGAAAUCUUGCAUUCAAGUAUGAGUCACAGGAAGUGCCUCUCUUCACGAGUCUUGAUGUGACUAUCGAAAGUGGCCAAUUCGUUGCAUUCGUGGGAGCCUCGGGAUGUGGCAAAACCAGUUUGAUAUCGAUUCUCGAGCGAUUCUACAAUCCGUUCCGAGGCAUCGUUUUCUUAAAUGGCGAGGAUGUCAGCAGUAUUGACCAAGCAUCAUACCGAAGAUCGUUAUCCCUGGUAGCCCAAGAACCACAACUUUUCGAUGGCACGAUCCGUGAUAACAUCACUCUCGGACUUGAGAGCUCCGAGUACACGGAAGAAGAAUUAAUCCAAGCCUGCACGGAUGCCGAGAUUCACAGCUUUAUCACUUCCCUUCCGGAGGGGUACUCCACAGAGCUAGGGAUUAAUGCACAGACAGCUCUCAGCGGAGGCCAGCGACAGCGAUUGUGUAUCGCCCGGGCUUUAUUGCGGAAGCCGUCUCUGCUUCUCCUAGAUGAGGCGACCUCGAGUCUUGACUCACAAUCGGAGAAAUUAGUUCAAGCUGCCCUGGAAAGGCUAGCUGCUCGAAGGAGUAUGACAAUUAUCGCGGUCGCUCACAGACUGGCGACUAUCCAGAAGGCAGAUGCCAUCUUCGUCUUUGGGGAAAGUCAAAGUGGGAAGGGAUCGCGGGUCGUCGAACGGGGCUCGCAUCAGGAGUUGUUGCAGAAUCGGGGAACAUACUGGCAGAUGUGUCAGGCUAAUGGGCUAGAUCGAUAA